ACAGUUAUUCUGAAUGCGCUUAUUGUACUGUUUUUAUGAAAUAAAAAUAAAAAUAGACGUUUUGUUUGUUGCUGAAUUUUACGACAGUGUCACGACCCUGAUUACGGCAGUAUUUGACAGUCGAGCGCGGAAUUUGUAAACAGAGCUAGCAGUCCCACGUUAGAGGUCGAUGUUCUUCCUCGUAAAGUUUUUAAUCAACGAUUUUUGAUUGGUUAAAACAUUUAUUUCCUUAUAAUUUCUCUAUUUAAUUCCUUGGGAGUGAAGUUUGUAGCCUGGCAACCACUUUUUUUAGCUCUUUGUGCAAGUGAAAGUGGUAGCUGAGACCAUGGUUGUAGCUAACUCCGUUAGCUAACAUGCUAACUGACAUGAGCAGGGAGGCUGCCUGGAGGACCGGCUGCUUGAUGUGAAGGCGGCCCGGCAUGCUAGUGCACCUCCUGGGGAAAUCGUUGCUUCGACCGGGACCACUACAGCGGCUCGGGGUCCAGCGGAGGUGGUUGUGUGCGGCGCAGGGUGACCGGUAUCCGGACACCCAGCAGCAGGCAGACAUGAACCGGAGCCGGGCUCAGAUUAGACGGGUCCUCUGCGUGGCCGAGAAGAACGAUGCGGCCAAAGGCAUCGCGGAGAUCAUGUCCGGCGGCAGCUCCAGGAGGAGGGAGGGGAUGUCAAAGUUUAACAAAAUAUAUGAGUAUGAAUAUCAUCUCUUUGGUCAGAAUGUGACCGUCACAAUGACGUCAGUAUCAGGACAUUUACUGGGUCUGGAGUUUAAAGCACAGUUCCAGAAAUGGCACAGUUGCAAUCCUGUGCUAUUAUUUGAUGCUGAGGUAGAGAAAUACUGCCCGGAUAACAUGAUACAAAUCAAGCGGACACUAGAGAAAGAGGUGAGACAGUGCCAGGCCUUAGUCAUCUGGACUGAUUGUGACAGAGAGGGAGAAAACAUCGGCUUUGAAGUCAUAGACGUCUGCAAAGCAGUGAAGCCCAAUUUACAAGUCUUUCGGGCAAAGUUUUCUGAGAUCACUGCCAACUCUAUUCGGAGAGCUUGUGAGACUCUAACGGAGCCAGAUGUUAAUGUCAGCGAUGCUGUCGAUGUCCGUCAGGAAUUGGACCUGAGAAUAGGUGCGUCCUUCACUCGAUUCCAGACGCUUCGCCUGCAGAAGAUAUUUCCAGAGUCUCUGUCCAACCAGCUGAUCUCAUACGGCAGCUGUCAGUUUCCAACUCUGGGCUUUGUGGUGGAGCGCUUCAAAGCCAUCCAGGCUUUCAUACCUGAGACUUUCUGCAAGAUCAAAGUGCUGCACGAGGUGGAGGAGGACAAUGUGGAGUUCAGUUGGAAAAGAAACCGUCUCUUCAACCACACAGCUUGCCUGGUGCUCUACCAGAUCUGCAUGGAGGAUCCCAUAGCAACAGUCACCUCAGUAACCAGCAAACCCAAGAGCAAGUGGAGGCCGCUGCCUUUGGACACUGUGGAACUGGAGAAACUUGCAUCCCGGAAGCUCAGAAUAAACGCCAAAGAGACCAUGAAAAUAGCAGAAAAACUUUAUACCCAAGGGUAUAUCAGCUACCCUCGAACAGAGACAAAUAUUUUCCCUGAAAACCUGCCCCUCGGCCCCCUGGUGGAGCAGCAGGCACAGAGCCCCGUCUGGGGGACGUUCGCCCAGAGGGUGCUCGACCAGCCGGGAGGUCCCAACCCACGACAGGGCAAGAAAUCUGACCAGGCCCACCCCCCCAUACACCCCACCAAGUACGGCGGUAACCUGCAGGGCAACGAAGGGCGUGUGUAUGAGUUCAUUGUACGGCACUUCCUGGCUUGUGUAUCCCAGGAUGCUUUGGGGCAGGAGACUGUGGUGGACAUAGACAUCGCGCAGGAGAACUUCUCCGCUUCGGGACUCAUGAUCAUUGCAAGGAACUACUUGGAUGUUUACCCGUAUGACCGGUGGAGCACCAAGGUGAUUCCCGUGUAUGAGCAAGGCUCCCAGUUCCAACCCUCUGCGAUCGAGAUGGUGGACGGACAGACGAGUCCUCCGCAGCUGCUCACUGAAGCCGACCUCAUAUCGCUGAUGGAGAAGCACGGCAUCGGCACAGAUGCAACACAUGCAGAGCACAUCGAGACCAUAAAGAGUCGCACGUAUGUGGGCCUGACAGCUGAUCAGAGGUUUCUGCCUGGAGAGCUCGGCAUGGGGCUGGUGGAGGGUUACAACUCCAUGGGCUAUGAGAUGUCCAAACCAAACCUGCGUUCUGAAUUAGAGGCGGACCUCAAGCUGGUGUCAGAGGGCAGGAAGGACAAACGGAGCGUACUGCAGAACCACAUCCAGAAAUAUAAAACUGUCUUCAUUGAGUCCGUCAGGAAGGCAAAGAAGUUAGAUGAAGCCCUGUCGCCAUAUCUGGGUGCAGCUCAACAGAUCACUGAAGCAGAGCAUACGGACAUGGAGAUGCCGCUGCCGGUCAGGAAGUGUCCUCACUGCGGGCGCGACAUGCUGCUGAAGAAGAAGAGGGAGGGAAACAGUAAGUUCCUGUCCUGUACGGGCUUCCCAGCCUGUAAGACAGCAGUGUGGUUCCCUGACACGGUGCUGGAGGUCAGCAGAGACGACAGCAUCUGUCCCACCUGUCUGCCGCGCCCUGUUCACAUGUUGAAGUUCAAGUUCCGCAGGGGCAGCCUCCCUCCCAUGAUGCCUUUAGAAUUUGUUGGCUGUAUCGGUGGAUGUGAUGAGACACUCAGAGAGGUGCUGGACCUAAAGUACCUCAGAGCUGGUGGAGGUGGAGGAGGAGGAGGAGGUGGGGGAGGAGGAGGAAGAGGGGACGAUCCCCGUCCACCAGCUCCAAGGCCCCCCAGACCAGAGCCACCCAGGGCCCCUUGGUCUUCCCUCCCUCCGGUCCCCUCCUGGACCCCGCAGCCACGACCUCCAGCAGGUGGUGGAGGUCCCAGCAGAAACGGCAACAAUGAUGUCAUUGUGUGUAACUGUGGUCAGGACGCCGUCCUCCUGACCGUGCGCAAAGACGGUCCCAACCAAGGUCGUCAGUUCUACAAGUGCAACGCUGGGAGCUGCAACUUCUUCCUGUGGGCCGAUCAGCCGAGUCAGCAGGGGGAGCAGCAGGGUCGAGGGCCUUCGCUGCAGGCGCCACCACGGCCCUCUCUGGGGUUCAGGAACACCCCUGCAGGAGGCGGAGGGCAGGAGUGGGGUGCAGGAGGACAAGCAGGACAGACGAUGUGUAACUGUAAUGAGACAGCGGUGACACGCACGGUGCAGAAGGACGGUCCCAACAAGGGCAGGAUGUUCCACACCUGCGGGAAACCGAGAGAGCAGCAGUGUGGCUUCUUCCAGUGGGCUGACGAGAACGAACCUCCACAAGGUGGGUUCGGUGGUGGAUUUAAUGGGGGCGGAGAUGGAGGGAAGAAGGGAAGGAAGGUGACGGGGGAUGCCGCCGCUAACAAACCUCCAGGUGCUAAGAAAACACGCAACUGUGGCAUCUGCCACAUGCCUGGACACACCCGAGUCACCUGCCCCCAGCGGUGACCGCUGCCUAAAGACACUAUGUGGACUUCAAAGUGCAGAGUCAGAUUUUAUAUCUCAAGUAUGCAGCAACUCAGAUUGUAAGUGCCUCUUCAAAUGAAGUGGACCUCUUCUCGUGGUAUUUAAAGAAUUUUACCUGGAGCCUGUAUCCUUCCUGUAAAGUUGCAUUUUGAUAACAUUUCCAGAAAGCGCUCUGAGCACCAGCCCAAAGUCACGUAGGGCUCAGACAAAAGCAGAAACUGUUUUCACAGUUCAGCAGUGGAGCACAAUGGCGGCUCUGUUAGAAAUAAGGGGAAUGCCAUUUUGCUGUCUGAUGUCAAUAGAAACUUGACCUUUUCUCUCUGUUCUCUAUCCAGCUCUCAUUACUCAGGUCUCCUCAGAUCUGUGGUGUGCUUCUUCAAGAUGAAUGGCUCUUUUUUUUGUUCCCCAGGAGGAAAGUUAGGAGGCAAACCAACACAUUCUCAGCCAAUACUCAUCAAAUGUUGAUGCUUGGUCAAUGGCACUCUGGGCACCUCUCUAGUGUCGGCUUUAGACUUUUCAAAAUAAGCUUCCGUGGUAACAGGAAAGCUACAGUUGGGUGUAGGCACCCAGACACCUUGGUUAAGGUUAGGAACAAAGGCAGUUUGUACAAGAUGUACAACAUGACGUAUCUAAGUACAGAAGUUAACUUACAGGUAAAAUAACAUCACUGACUGGUUUCACAUGGGACAUGAACAGCGGUUUCCUGGUGAAAGUCUGUUGUUUUUAUGUUUGUUGGAUUUUCUCCACCACUGCUCCCGCCCACCCUAAAAAGACCUCUGCAGUCUUUAUAUUGUGUUAGUUGUCCUGUAUGUCUAAUAAUGACACAGAUUGGUUGAUAUUGAUGUCAAUUUAAAUCCCGGUGCGUCUCAUAGGCUCAGAGGCUGCCUCCUGUGUCCAUAUCUGACACUAUUGUGUCUGUACAGGAAAUAUGAAGCAGGGGGUGGGGAGUGUAUUUCCCAAAAUUGAGAUUUUUUUUAAACUGCUUGCUCAACAUUUACUUGGAAAUUUGCUCAGCUGCCCUUGGAUCAAAUAAAUCCACUUUCUGUUUCUGUAUUCACAAUCCUGAAGCGUGACUGAGGUCAGUUAACGGAGGAUGAUUCUGACACAAACAUUGCUGUCUUUAAUGAAUAAAUGUGUGUUUUAAAUAAAAUAAAUAAAUGGUU